AUGUUCUUGAGACCGCUACAGAACUCCCAGAGAGUGAUAAACCCACUCGUUCGAAAGUACUCAAUAUCCGCGUCUUCUCUCUCUGGAAAAACCGCUCUGGUGACCGGCGGUUCGGGAGGAAUCGGGCUAGUCAUUGCUAAGAAGCUGGCAGCAAACGGAGCUCGAGUGAUCCUGCUUGCUAGAGAUGAAACCAAGUUGAAUGGAGCUCUGGAGGAGCUGACACACACUCUUAAGGAUGAGCAGACACAAAGGGAUAUCACACAGACCGCCCACAGCACGAUAUCUUACGACAUUGCUAAAGCAACGACACCACCAGAAAUCGACUUCAAGAUGGUAGAUCUGCUCGUCAACUGUGCCGGAGUCACGCAAACAUCGCUGCUUAUGACCACCAAAAACAUUGACCAGAUCAUCGGCACAAAUCUCGCCGGAGCCAUUAAAAUGAGCCAGUAUGCCAUGCGUCCGUGGAUGAAACGAAAGUCGGGCUGUAUUGUCAACAUCUCCUCGGUUUUGGGAUUACGUGGCCUUACAGGCGGGUCUACGGUCUACAGUGCAGCCAAGGCUGGUCUUGUGGGCUUCACGAAGGCUCUCGCGGUCGAAGUGGGCGCUAGAGGUAUCCGUGUCAAUUGCGUGUGUCCUGGACUGGUCGAGACGGAAAUGACACAGAACGUGACUGUCCAGAAUGGGUUUGCGACACCUCUUCAGGGCAUGGGAAAGGAUAAUUACGUAUCUGCUGACUCGGUGGCCGACGCUGUCCUCUACCUUGCUGCUAGUGAGGAGCAGACCGGAAGCAUUCUCACCAUAGACAAGGGCUUGUCUGCGGUAUAG